AUCGAUAAAGAUGGAAUGCGAUUAAUCUUUGUGAAAAACAUAAAAACCCAAAGGUGUACCGAAUUAUUAUUCAAACAAGAGAAAAAUUAUUUUCUGGAAGCUAAGGUAUUACCAAACAUUCAAACAGUUAGGCUGGGGCAUACAAUCCAAUGUAAAGGUUCCAUUAAGUCAAAACUUUGACAAAACACAAUCAAUUUGGUCCAUUCUGAAUUUUCUCUAUAUAUAAAUAGCUUAAUUAAGAGAUUAUAAUAUCAUCAAAUUAUAAGCAGCGCAUUCAAAGAAACAUACAAUGGCCUUUUAUAAAGCUAGCGUCCUUUCGCUCCUAUUGUCUGGUAUAUUUCUUCUGGGAAUAAGGUGGAACUCUUUUCUACACGACCAGGGUAUUUUGAGUGGCAUUAGCCGGGAUUUACCUUCUGAUAGCCUCAAGAAUUUGGGAAAAGCUAAACUCUUUGAUGUUAAACCUCCAAAUGCCACAGUUAAUUAUGAAGAAUAUGGUAGUCACCAACCAGUAGUGCAGAAAGAUGAACUGCUUGGUGGCCUUCUUCCUUCUGGAAUAGAUGAAAAAUCUUGUCUGAGUAGACACGAGUCUGUCUUAUAUCAUAAAGAACUCCGUUACAAGCCAUCAUCUUAUCUCAUCUCAAGAUUACGUAACUAUGAGGCACUUCAUAAGCAAUGUGAACCUCAUACAGAACUGUACAACAGAAGCGUCGAGUUUAUCAAGUCUGGACAAUACAAUGGUUCAGCAGAUUGUAGUUACUUGGUUUGGAUUUCCUAUAGUGGUUUAGGAAAUAGGAUGCUAACUUUAGCCUCUGGUUUCCUAUAUGCUCUUCUUACUAAUCGAGUCCUACUCGUUGAUCCUGGAUUUAAUAUGGCUGGUCUUUUCUGUGAACCUUUUCCAGGUGUUUCCUGGUUGAUUCCUCCGGAUUUCCCUCUAAUUAAUCAGUUUAGUACCUUUAAUCAGAAGUCUCCACAUUCCUACGGUUAUAUGGUGAAGAACGAUAUCAUAGGCAAUUCAUCGAUACUGCCUCCCUUUAUCUACCUCCAUUUAGCUCAUGACUAUGACGAUCAAGAUAAAUUAUUUUUCUGUGACCAGGAACAAAGUUUUCUCCGAAAAAUCCCCUGGCUGGUUAUGAAGACUGAUAACUAUUUUGUGCCUUCCCUUUUCUUGAUCCCAACAUUUGAGCAAGAGUUGGGUAAUCUUUUUCCAGAAAAGGAAACCGUCUUCUAUUUUCUCAGUAGAUACCUGUUCCAUCCCACAAAUUCUGUAUGGGGGCUUGUUAAGAGGUAUUAUCAAGCUUAUUUAGCUCAAGCAGACGAAAAAUUAGGCAUUCAAAUUAGAGUCUUGGAGACAGGUACCGGUCCUUAUAAGUAUGUAUUGGAUCAGAUCCUCAAUUGUACAAUGACGGAGAAUCUGUUGCCACAAAUUAACCAGUCCAGUGAGCCUACAAUCCUCAACCAAUCCACGAAGCAGAGGAAGACCAUAGCCGUCCUGAUAACUUCUCUAAGCCCUGGAUACUCAGAAGAGUUCCGGAAAAUGUACUGGGAGAAUCCAACCGUGACAGGAGAGAUAGUUAGUGUUUAUCAGCCAAGUCAGGAGGAACAUCAGCAUAGUGAGAAUCUAUUGCACGAAAGAAAGGCGUUGGCAGAAAUGUAUCUAUUGAGUUUAAGUGACAAAUUGGUUACAAGUGGAUGGUCGACUUUUGGAUACGUGGCUCAGAGUCUUGGAGGUCUGAAGCCCUGGGUACUAUACAAGCCUGAUCAGAACAGGACAGCCCCUAAUCCGCCUUGUGGUAAAGCCACAUCACUCGAGCCAUGUUUCCAUGCCCCGCCUUACUAUGAUUGCAAAAAGAAAACAGCAACAGACACGAGCAAAAUCGUUCCUCAUGUCAGGCAUUGUGAGGAUGUGAGCUGGGGUUUGAAGCUAUUUGACCAAAAUGGUGAAUUAUAACACAUUUUUCGGUUUCAGGUUUAAUAUGCAUUCUUUUUUCUCCCUGCAUUGAGAAACCGAAACCUUUUAGCUGCUCCAAAUAGUUUGUACAGUAAUUUUGUGCAAAUAAUUCUUGUUGACAUAUAGUGAAAGACUGCCAAUAGUUUGAUAGCUUCAUUAAUUAAUUCUCUUAUAAGGGAUCAGUCUUAAUACAUAAUAUGUCAAAUUGGUUUACUGAUAAUUUCCCCCAAAAUCAAUUACACAUUCACCCCA